AUGUUGAAGAAACCAAAAACGUUUUACCUGAAUUCGGCUUUGUUAUUAAGCAAGAGGAUAGGACACAGUGCCAGUGGAAAGAUCCAAUACUCUUCACAUGUUCAUCAAAAAUAUGAACGCAUAAAAUAUACGGAGGAAGUUUAUAAUAUGGAAGAUACAUAUAUUAGACGUGUUUCAAAAAUGAACAAUACUGCAUUAACAUAUACAUGUGAAGAUAUUAACAGAAAAAGAAUGAAGAACGAAUAUUUAUGGAAAUUAAUUUAUGAUAGAAUAAAAGAAAUAAGAAAUUCGUUUUCUGUAAACGAGUUAGUUGUUAUGUUUCAUGCCUACUGUAAUAGCAAAUCGUUUGACGGAAAUUUUAUUCUUUUAAUAAACCUUUUUUGGACCUUAUUAGAAAAUAAAUUGAACAAUAUGGAUUAUAUAUCUUUAAUAGCUCUAUAUUUUUGUGCAGAAAAAACGGAAAACGUAAAAAAAAUGAACGAAGUUGGCAGUUCCCUUUUAAACCAUAUAAUAGUAAAUGACUGUGAAGAAAUAAAACUUACAGAAAAGGGUCUAUCCAUAAUUUUAAAAAUUCUUUGCAAUACAAGUGGUAGUAGUAGCAAUGGAAAUAUUGGCAGCAACAAUGUAAGUAAUGAUAAUAAAACUGCUGACGAAAAAAUUCUUGCGCAUAUUAGCAAAUUUAUACAACGAGUUGACAUGAAAGAAAUUAAAAAUAUAAUGUUAAGUUUGCAUUUUCUUUUAAAAUACAAGAUAUUUGACGAACCGUUUGUCGUUUUGUUAAAAAAAGUACAGUCAUUAUUAAUAUUUAAAAAUAUUAAUCCACAUCUUGUUUUAAAAUGCUUAAGCUUACUAAAAACCAUUAACAAUCCAACUGCUAUGCAGGAAGUUAAAAGUACGUUGUCUAUUAUUUAUUUAUCAUGCUAUAUAAGUAGUGGGACUUGA